GCAGCAGAUGCCUUUGUGACGCCGACGCACGGUGAGGGGUUUGGGCGUCCCAUUGUGGAGGCGAUGGCCAUGGAGCUACCAACGAUUGCAACCAAUUGGUCGGGGCCCGCUGCGUUCUUGGGUGAAGCUUGGUCGUACCCUCUCCCCAUCAAGGGUUUGGUAGCGGCUGACCGAGGCAAUGGGAAGUGGGCAGAUGUAGCUGAAGAAAGUGUGGUGCAGCUGAUGGAACACGUCCUGGCACACCCUGAGGAGCGAAGAGCCAAGGCAAAAGCCGCCCGAGCAUACGUCUUGGCUCACUUUAGCGAAUCCGUCAUCGCCGAUCAGCUCUUGAAUAUUUUGGAGGAGGUGGUUCGU